GUGCAUGCGAUGAUGAGGCGUCGCCUGGCUGGCUUGGUGACGUCACCGGGAGAGAACGCUCGCUCGCGGACGGAACGCGUCGCGGAGCAGAGCAUCAUGCGACGGAGUUUCACGUCCUGAGAGGAGACCUGCCGAUGAGCGGGAUCUACUGAGAACCAUGGCUCUGCGAUGGAGAAGGGGCGUGUCACUAUCGGAGCGUUCAUGGAAUGACUCUCUGGCUGCCAUGGCGCCGGGGCCAGGGGUCGUUACGGUGGCCCCUGGGGGUCACAACGGGUCGUGGGAGACGCCCAUCUUCCUCAUGACCCCCGCCGCUCAGACCAUCUCUGGGUUUUUCACCUGGACGGCUCUGCUGCUCACCUGCCAACAGAUCUACAUGCAUUUGCGCUACUAUAACACUCCUAAUGAGCAGCGGCACAUCGUGCGCAUCCUCUUCAUCGUGCCCAUCUACGCCUUCGACUCGUGGCUCAGUCUGCUGUUCUUCACUAACGAGGAGUAUUACGUUUACUUCGACACCGUCCGAGACUGCUAUGAAGCGUUUGUCAUCUAUAACUUCUUGAGUUUGUGUUACGAGUAUCUGGGCGGCGAGAGCGCCAUCAUGGCCGAGAUCAGAGGAAAACCCAUCCAGUCCAGCUGUGUUUAUGGCACCUGUUGUCUGUGGGGAAGAACGUACUCCAUCGGCUUUCUGCGCUUCUGCAAACAGGCGACGCUGCAGUUCUGUGUGGUGAAGCCUCUGAUGGCCGUGAUCACCGUCAUCCUGCAGGCCUUCGGCAAAUACAGAGACGGAGACUUCAACGCGGCCAGCGGUUAUUUAUACGUGACCAUCAUCUAUAACGUCUCGGUCAGUCUCUCGCUCUACGCUCUCUUCCUCUUCUACUUCGCCGCUCGGGAUCUGCUGGAGCCGUACGGACCCAUGCUGAAGUUCCUCAUGGUCAAAUCCGUCAUCUUCCUCUCCUUCUGGCAGGGGAUGCUGUUGGCGAUUCUGGAGAAAUGUGGCACGAUUCCUCGCAUAAACUCUCCUGAUGUCAGCGUGGGGGAGGGGACUGUUGCCGCCGGUUACCAGAACUUCAUCAUCUGCAUCGAGAUGUUCUUCGCCGCUCUGGCGCUCAGACACGCGUUCACUUACAAGGUCUACAUGGACAAGAGACUCGACAUCCAGGGUUGUGUUCCUGUCUAUGGCCAGUACGGUCGCUGUGCUCCCAUGAGCAUCUCCAGCAGUCUGAAGGAGACGAUGAAUCCGGGCGACAUGCUGCAGGACGCUAUCCAUAACUUCUCUCCGGCGUAUCAGCAGUACACCCAGCAGAGCCGCUCCAAGCCGCUGAGCCGCUCCAACAGCUGCAGCAACGAGAAAACUCUGCUGCUCAGCUCCGACGACGAGUUCUGAUGCGCUCGCGCUCACUUACAAACAGUGAGAUGAUGAUCACGAUGCCUACAUAGACAGCAUGUUUAGGCGGCAUCAGGGCUUCCAGACAGAACGCAGCAAAACUACUCUAUGCUACCUACUGUUACAUCAUUGUGAGAGAGAAUACAUUAACCCAGUGGUUCUCAAACCUUUUAAAUGAACUUAACCACCACUGAUCAAAUCAGAGCACAAAUCAUUCUAUUAACAGAAGAGGAAGAAUUUUCUCAAAGUUACAAACUUAUCUUCUCAAAAUGUUAGCACAAAAGCGUUUGUUCAUCAUUCAUUGUUCACAGAACAUGAAAUGAUUAAAUUGGAAGUUUGUGUAACAUUUUUAAAUGUUACAACUCGUUCCGGAACGUUCAGAGAACGUUCUUAUAAUGUGUCUACAAUGAUAAAGCCUAAUAUUUCCCAAAGUCACAUAACCAAGAGAAAACAUUUUUUAAAAACUAGGCAUUCAUGACAUACUCAUAACUUAAGAAAAUUAGCGAAACAUAUUCAAAAAUACAGCCGAUUUUGAGUAAUAUCAUAUUUUGAUCAAUAUCAAUAACCCAGUUGUUAGGAUAAAUCAUGAAAUCCAAUUUUUUCCCCCUCAUUCUUCUUUAAGCAAAUUGUUGUUUCAAGUAAUACCUGCAUACAUUCGACACCGACUCAAAACAAUGUAGUAUUCAUGCCAGACCAGUGUGUGGCGCUGUAAUUCUGCCAGAGAUACACUCAAAUUGGAGAAGAAGCAUAUAAACCUUGCGUGCUGUAUACAAACCAAAAACAACGACAAGACGAACAUGGAACAAUACUCUCAUUACAUUAUUAAUUAACCCUACUACAUUAUUUAUUAAGGUUAGCUAAUAAAAAUACAGUCGUUCAUUGUUCAUGUUGUUGUUGCUGUCACGUGAUGUAGUGUCUGAAUAGGAACCCGGUUUAUAAAAAUAGCUCAGGCUCCCGAAACUGCUGUCUGUGUAGAGCGUCUCAAAUCACUCACUAAUGAGGGUGUAUAGCUGUAGUAGAUGUGAAAGAGUGAGACAGACUGGAGGAUGAUUAGGAAUCAUAAUGACGUGCCAUAUAAACACAAACGCUCCUCUCGGCACUUUCUACAUGUAUAUCUGAGGGUAACGUUAAGAUUUAUUUACAUGAAGUAUCUAGAUUAUAAACUGCUGCAUCAUAAACUCCAGGAGGAACUAGUUCAUGACUGAAAUGCCUUAAACAUCUGUUCCUCUCAUGUGGUUCACGCUGGAUUGAGAACUUUACCAUAGUAAAUAGCUGCAUAUCUUGAAUGAAUCAGUUUGAUGUCUCUCAGUUUUCUUUUCGCUCUUGAAUGUUUUCCUGCUGUUUUAUUCUGACUGAAAUCUCUGAUGUAAAGAUGAGUGAAAUACAGAUGGGACACAGAUUAAACCUCACAGAUGUUUGAAAGCA